AUGGCCCCAAACCAAGAAAUGCAGCACCAAGGGAUAGUCCAACUUCUCCUGCAUUUCAGGUGGACGUGGGUAGGCCUCUUUGCUCCAGACAAUGACAAUGGAGAAAGGUUCCUGAGUACCUUGACACAUCUGAUGAACAAAAGGGAAAUUUGUGUUGCCUUCACACAAAGAGUACAACGAGAAACUUGGCUAUGGAUACCCCAUGAAGCACCUGCAAUGUGGAGACAAGUCAAUGUAUUUGUUUACUUUGCAGACUCUCAAAUUGGACUUUACAUAAUCAUAGAGGUACAGUCCUUACUCGAAAGGAUACAAACUGGGGGGAAAGUCUGGAUAACCACACUUCUUCAGAACAAAAUGUUGUUACGUGAUAUUGACUGCCUUAAGUAUACCCAUGGCUCUUUGUCCUUUGUAAUGAAGACCAAAAAAAGUAUGAAGAAGGACCACUAUGAGCCAAUGUCCUUGACUAGUCAACAGUAUUCAGAAGAAGCAUUUGAUUGUUCAUAUUCAAAGCAUGCCUUGUCUGUGAGAGGUAUGACCAAAUGCAGAGAGAAGGAUAAUGUGAAGAUGCUGCCCCAGGAAGAGAUUGAAAGAAUCCUGUCCCAAGACAGCUAUGUGAACUACUUGAGUAUCCAAACUGUGGCUCAUGCCUUAAAUGCUGCAUAUUCAACCCGGUCAAAGAGGAUGUCGAUUGUGGGUGGAGGCAGCUUGGAUCUUCAAAAGCUACAGCCAUGGCAGAUGGUGCCUCGUUCAAGAUGCACAGAAAGCUGUCUCCCUGGACAUUCCAGAAAAGUCCAGGAAGGGAAGCCCCCAUGCUGCUAUGAUUGUUCUCCCUGCUCAGAAGGGACCAUCUCCACUCAGGAAGAUGCUGAUGAAUGCACCAAAUGUCCAGAAGAUCAGCAUCCAAAUGAGGACCGAGAUCAAUGUGUCCCCAAAUUGUUGACCUUCCUGUCCUAUGAAGAAUGUUUGGGGAGCCUCCUAGCUUCCCUUGCUCUCUCCUUAUCCUUUACCACAGGUUUUGUGUUAGGAAUCUUCAUUAAAUACAAAGAAACUCCAAUAGUCAAAGCCAACAACAGGGACCUCUCCUACAUCCUCCUCAUCUCUCUUCUGCUCUCCUUUUUGUCCUCCUUCCUCUUCAUUGGGAGGCCAAGGAAAGUGACCUGCCUUCUCCGACAAACAGCCUUCUGCACCAUCUUCUCAGUUGCUGUCUCUUCAGUCUUGGCAAAAACCAUCACUGUGGUCAUGGCCUUCCUGGCCACGAAGCCAGGGAACAAGGUGAGGAGAUGGCUGGGGAAGAGUUUGGCCAACUCUGUUGUCAUUUCCUGCUCCAGUGUCCAAGUUCUCAUCUGCAGCACCUGGCUGGGUAUCUCUCCUCCAUUCCCAGACUUUGACCUGACCUCCCAGCUUGGAGAGAUAAUUGUCCAAUGCAACGAAGGUUCUGUUGCCAUGUUUUACAUUGCCCUUGGCUACAUGGGCUUCCUGGCUGCCAUCUGCUUCACGGUGGCUUUCUUAGCAAGGAAGCUGCCUGGGGCCUUCAAUGAAGCCAAGCUGAUCACCUUCAGCAUGCUGGUCUUCUGCAGCGUUUGGGUGUCCUUUGUUCCCACUUACCUGAGCACCAAGGGGAAAUACAUGGUAGCCGUGCAGGUCUUCUCCAUCUUGGCCUCCAGUGCUGGGCUUCUGGGAUGUAUCUUCAUCCCCAAGUGCUACAUUAUUGUGCUGAGACCUGAUCUGAACACAAAGGAGCACCUGACAAGAAAAAACUAA